GUGGAGUGGGCGGUGGGGCCGGCCGGGCCGACCGUGGGCUCCGGUGUUCUCUCCGCUACGGGGCUCCUGAGUCGCGGCGGCGGGCAGCCCCGCUCCCUGCUGGGGCCGGGCGGGCUGUCACGGCGGGACCGCGCCGCCCCUGCCAGCCGCGGGGUGCGGGGGCGGGCCCGAAGCUGUCCGUAAGAACGUAACAGGCUACAACAGAGCAAUUGCUUUCGUAAAUUAAAAUCCAAAUAUAUAUAUCUAUUAACAUGCAGAUGGCAGCUAUCUGACGUUAUCUGUCUUACACUUAAGCAGCAAACUCCAAACUUAAAAGGUGCAAGGAGAAGCUUGUCUUUGUAAGCAUAACCUGGAGGUCAAACGCACCGUCAUUUCCCGUUCGUUACAACCGUCUGAACUGUCCACUCUCUUAUUAAUAAGCUCAUUGUACCGACACCACAUUGUUUUACUCAGUGGUCAACGUGAAUAAGACACAGUGCUGUCCAUUGGUGUGAUGCUAGGAAUGAACAAUUCUGUGUAAUUGCACUUUGAUGGAAGAGACAGAACUGCAGCAAAGUGAGACUCCAUUUGUAGGAACUUUGGGGGCCAUGUGAUUACCAAAAGCCACUUCCAGCACAGAGCAGAGCAGCCCUAUGGAUGCUGUGUGCCUUCUUGGCUGGCAAAGUUUCCAAUAAGCUAACGCUUGGAAAUUGCCAGGGUUCAAGAACAAGCAGACUGUCCCUUCUCCAUGUGGUCCAGAAAGUUAAUGCAUGACCCCUGUACUCCAGACUCCCUAUGGUGACAGCAUCUUCUCCAUGGUUGGAACUUCUCAGCCUGAACUAGUUGACAACAGAGCAGUGCCCAGUGACAAGGUUCUUACCAUGACCCGCAGUUGUAUAACCUCCUUAUGGAGAAUGCAAUGCAACUUGGUUGGACUUGGCUUGUGUUUGGUUACUUAGCCAUGUAGGUCUUAUGCAUAAAUAGAAGCAUUUCUUAUCUGAAACAUGGAAGUGAUGGGGUUUCAAUCUCAAGUUUGCUGAAAAAGUCUUAUCCACUGCAGGGUCAUCUUUUGAUUAUUGAGUUUGAAGAAGAUGGUUUGAGUUUUUAGUAACUUAACUAUAUAGUUACUAAUCUGUAUAAUGCAAGAAGAACACAUAUGCCUUUUGCUUAAUCUCAGUCAGUUCAUACUGGCAAUUAUGUGUUUAAAAUUAAAGCUCUAUGUGCAUAUGGCUAUAACUAGAAUAAAUUCACAAGCCUUCACAGGAUAAAGAAAAGAAUCAACAAAGACAUGAAGAGUUCUCUGCCCCUAUGCACUCAUGAGAAAAGAGUUCUGCUACCCAGUUCAUAAAGUGAGAGGAGGAAAUGGAGAGAUGCGUCUUCUUCCUAGACUGCAGACUUCAGCUCUCACAAUACGAACUCUAGCAUCAUCAAAUUCCUUUUCUCAAACCAUUCCAAGCUGUUUGUGGAAACUGGGCCGACUCAAUCAUGUAGCAAUUGCAGUCCCUGAUUUGGAAAAAGCUCAGGCUAUGUAUAAAGAUGUGUUAGGAGCACAGGUGAGCAAGACUGUUGCUCUUCCUGAACAUGGCGUCUACACAGUUUUUGUGGAGCUGGGAAACACCAAGCUGGAACUUCUACAUCCUUUAGGAGAGAAAAGUCCCAUUGCAAACUUUCUGCAAAAAAACAAGACUGGAGGAAUACAUCAUAUCUGCAUCGAGGUUGAUGACAUAAACACAGCCAUGACAGAACUGAAGAAAAAAAAGAUACGAAUAUUGAGUGAAGAGCCAAAAAUAGGUGCACAUGGGAAACCUGUGAUUUUUCUUCACCCUAAAGAUUGCCAUGGAGUCCUUGUGGAACUUGAGCAAGCUUAAGCUGUAAUAUUCAUAAAUAAAACAAUAGAUGGGUUGUGAAGUUACUGAGCUGGUGCUGAGAAUACUGAUGUGGUUUUCAGUCUUUACAAGUUCACUAUAGUUCCCAUGGAUUAAAUUACACUCUUGAGUGCUGAAAUAGUGCUACAGAUUUAGGGUAACUUUUUGCUUUGUUUUGUUUCUGAUCUAAUUUUUAGAAUUAAUACGUUGACAUUUCUUGAGUUCUUUGUAAUUCUAAAGACAAAUACAUAAGCCAAGUAAUUUA